AAGAAGCAGAAGGACGGAUGAAGUGCUGCUGUGAGUCAGAGAGAGAAACCCGGAUGUGUCGGAAACUGACUGUGUUUAUUGUGUACUGUUGCUUUCUCUCAGUCAGAUCGGCACAUACCGCUUAGUUUAGGACUUUUAGACAUUCAGCAGAUAAACUGAGACUUUCCGGUGCUUUUUGCGCUUUUUCGUGCGUUUUCGUCUGUUUCCGUGCUGUGCUGAAAGAUGAAGACGCACACUAGAGUUUCACUGUUGUUACAAUUCGGAAUUUCUGCAGUCGUUUUUGCUGAGUUACCCAGUCCUAGGAACAUCACUGUUCAGACCCUUAACACAAAUUACAUCCUGAAAUGGGACUGGGAUCAGGGACCACACAGCAAAGCCGUUACGUUCACUGCACAGUAUCUGGCCAGUAGGUUUAAAAUCAAGGCUCUUGGGAAGUACAACUGGACAACAGUGUGUGAGGCCACGUCUGAACACCACUGCGACUUCACAGCUGAGGACCUGUAUUACUUCGGAAUCUGGAUUUUGCGCGUAAGGGCUCAAAAUGACUUGCUUGCAUCCUCCUGGAUCCAGAUUCAGUUCUGUCCCGACAGAGAUGCUGCCAUUGGCCCGCCCUCUGCAGUGGUUGUGAGUCCUGUUAAAGGUCUCCUGCAGGUUGCCAUUUCUGACCCUCUGACUAACAAAAAUGCUUCAAUGAAAAUGUUGCUGCAACAUAUGUACUACUAUAUCCAGUACUGGAAGGACCCUUUGGAGAUUCAGAAACCUAGCAGUCUGAGGACCACAAAUAACUUGGUAAUUCUACCUGACCUGGAGAGUCGGACGUGGUAUUGCGUGAGAGUGCAGUCUCGCUAUGACUUCUACGACAAGAUCAGCGUCUUCAGUCCCACGUAUUGUGAACAGACAGAUUGUCAGAUGUCUUAUUGGCAGAUCUUUCUGUAUUUCCUGCUGUCACUGGCGUUGAGUUUCCUGUUUGUGCUCGGGUUGUCCUUUUGCUUUUUGAAGUCAUUUAAGGUCAUCAAGAACACCUUCUACCCCUCUAUCCCGCUGCCCACCCACAUACAAGAGUACCUCUGCGACUCCCCUGGUUCGGACAUGCCACACCUGCUGACCACAGAUUCUGAGGUGGAGCUCUGCUGCGACCAGCUGGAUGUCCUGACCUCUGAUGCCCUGGUCAAGGAUGUUGUCAUGGAGAUCCACGCCCCACCCCAGGAUUCUGAGCAGGACAGCAGGAACUACAGUCGCCACAACAGUGGGGACUCGGGGGUCUACUCUGCAGAGGAGGGGUCUGGCCAGAGUGGCCAGGCCUUCAAAGGAGGAGAAGAAUUGAAGCUGGAGAAAAUGGGACAAAUAAGCUUUCAAAAGGAGGGACGGGUGGAGCCAGACGAAAGGAUACAGGACAUGCACGUUUAACGCAGCCAAACAAAACGGCCUCCAGAUGAGAUUAAAGUAGGCUUUUAUGUUUUGUUGUUGUAUUUUCUUCAACCCCCCCCCAACAACCCUCCACCCCAAAUCUGCUUUCUACUGUGGGCUUAGAAGAAAGCAAAGGAGGAGGUACAUGAGGAUGUUUUGAUCAGUCACUGGCUUUGACAGUGUGUAUAUAUAUAUAUAUAUAUAUAUAUAUAAUUAUGUGUGUGUGUGUGUGUGUGUAAAAUAAAAGAAUAGGAUGGAUUGUUGAAUUUCCGUCGUGUCUGUGUAAGGUGGAGUGCACAUCACAUUUUCCGGUGUGCAGCUCUGAGACAAUGAGGUGGCCAUAGAAAAGAUGGCCACCUCAUUUUUUUGCUGCAUACCAUGAAAUAUGCAUAUAUACAUAGUACUUGUAUGAAGUGUCCAUCUCACAACAGCUUAGGACAUUUGUUCAUUUAUCCAAGCUUUACAGUAUAAGAGAUUGUCUGCUUACCUGUGAACAGAAUAAUGUGUCUAUCUGUUGGAUCUGUUGGUCAAUUUGGUCAGUCGUAGUGUCAUUUUGGUGUUUCUGAUUCUGUUUCUGGCGCGAGAUCAGCACUCCAGCGCUCAAUACCUCCUUUUCCACAGUCAGCCUUAAAGGAAGGUUCAGCAGAAAAACAAGAAAACACAAUUUUUACUCCAGAUAUAGUUGACAGUCUAAGUAGGGUUGUUACAGUGUCUCUAUUUCACGGUUUAGCAUAGUGUGUGCUCAGACUGCUGGCUUUUGAAAAAUAUUGACAUAGAUGCAUUUCUGUCUGUUGCCGACUACUAGUUAUAGUUGCUUAAAUCCUUUCUCAGCCUGUUUAAGCAGUCCACAUCUGUUUUAAAUGCUGCAUUGCUAGCUUGUAGUAUCACACACAGUGGCUACCAAAAAAAGAAAAACAUGGUUUUAUUGCCUAUAAAUAAACCAAGGGGUUCAUGGUUUUGCAAUGCUGCUGGGCACAAGAAUCUAAAUUUUGGAUGGCAACAACAAAAUCCCGGAAGUCAAUAAUAAUAUAAAACUUGAGGAGCUGAGAACUGAUAACCAAUUCCUUUGUUUAUUUCAUUUAUUUAGUCAUUUUUUAUUUUCAGAGAUUGUUCAUCUAGAGCAGGGUCAGUCGAAAUCCAGUUAUUUCUAAUUUCUUGCUUACAAAUGUCAAGAUAACAAAUGAACGGCAACAACAUUUACUUUUAAAUUGAUUAGUACAACUAACUAACAUAACAAUAUAAGACACAUCAAAUAUGUUAAUGAACUAUUUUACGUUGGACAUACUUUUAUAAUCCAAUUUUAAGUGUAUGGAAGAAAAUGGUAAGAAAAUCUUAAAUUAAAAAUAAAAUUCCAUUUAUAUAUAGAGUAAGAGAGGCAGUUCUUAGUGAGCGUUCAGCACUUUCACACUGUCAGGGAAGGAUCGCUUCUCUUUCAUGUUGAACUUUGGGUUUAUUUUAUUCCUUAGAGUGGAGUUUUGUAAGUAAAUUCAAAGUGAUGGUCUUGCACGACAGUGAUUUUUUGAGUAGCGCCACAGACCCUGAAAAGAUCAGACACAUCAGUUUUAAACAGUUCUCUGUUCAUUAAUUUUUAAACGCUCUGUUUUCAUUGACUACUUUUUAGUGAGCCGUGUUUGAGCAGAAAUAGUAAAUAAAAUUAAAAAUCUAUGAAAAUGUUUUUCACUUUAUGACCUGAUAUCCGCCCUGUAGUCUCUGUUCUGUUCAACUGCCUUCAGCUAAAGUUGUUUAUGUAAAUGCAUUUGAUUGGAUAGAAGCUGUGCUUUACAAACCCCCAACAGCUCUUUCCUUUCUGAGCUCAAUCAUUCUGAACAAAGCAACAUGUGUACUUUUUAUGUACUUUUUAAGUGCAUUUAGCUAAAAAUCAUGUAAUGUUUGAUUUGCAGAGGUUAAGUUAGCCCCUUGGCUCCCUACAUGCUGCCAGCCAGCUGUGCCAGCAAGAUACCAUUUUUAAAAAUUAUUUGUUUUUUACCCUCAGUGCGUACCUUCACUUGCCCAGCCUCUGGCCACUUACACCAAACCACUCUGAAUCACUGUAGUAGUGGAUGAAAUUGUUCUGAUUCCUUUUGUGUUUGUAUUUGAAAUGGCUACUUCUUGAAAUCUAAUGCUUAAGGUUAAUGGCAAAUAUAAUGAUUGCUUAAUACCAUGAUAUGGAGAAAACGUGAAAUGUUUAUUAAACCAUAACAACCGUAAUGCGACAAUUAACGUGGUGCAGAUUACAUGCAUAUAUUGCGACAUGCUUGUCUAAAAGCGUGUGGAGUUGUUUAGUAAUCUCUAAUGUUAUACUUAUGUGCUUUCUGAUGCUGUAUGAAACACUGUUAUCUAAAAACAUGGACUAAAAUAUGGCCAGACUUGUCAUGACUUUUUUGCUAUGUUUGAGUUUAAGGGAAAAUUCUGUAAAUUUAGUUUAUUUUUUGGUCUCCACGCCAAGUGCUUAUCUCUUUUCUGCAUGUGCUUCCAGAUUGGUGUGGUGCUUUUUGGUACUGGCUGUGGUUUUCCUCAAGCUGUACAGUUCCGAGAGCACUUUUGGGUUCCAGCCAAAUGCUGCCAGAACACAACAGCACAAAGGCUGCAAGCUGCUAUUCAUGUUUAUCGUGACAGUGAAUGAACAAUACUGAUGAGUCUAAAAGCUGAAAAUUGAUAAGCAGACUGCUCUAAUACAAGUGCUAUUUAGUUAUUGAUCCAAGUUUUCAGCUGCUAGGACAAGAACACUGUAGCACAGGUGAUUUUUUAUUUUUUUUUUCCCGUUUGGUUUUAUUAAAUAUGACAUCCAACAGAUUUACUGUAACAGAACAGAUCUUGGCAGCUUGGUAACUUUGCUGUCCUCACUUGAAAUUCCUGCAAAAUUAAAGUGUUCAGAUGUAAACAAAGUCAUUCAGAGUGUUUUGGUGUAAAAUGCUCUGUUUUAGAGAAGCUUAGAGUCAGAAUUGUUAACAGUAGACAUAAUAGGAACCACACAUCCAGCUCUAUAAGCUCCUUCACAGAAAGUUUACAUGAAAUGGUUCGGAAUACGCUGCCUGAUGUCUGACACAUUGUUUUUUUACAUUAGUUUUGAGAAGAUUUUGGCCUAAAACAUAUUUUUAAAAAUUCAUGGCAUAGAGAAAGGUUAAAUAGUCCCCAAAGAAAACUUUUUUCAGACUUUUUACGAUUUUACCAUCAUAAACACUCAGUAUAAAAACUCAUAUGUAGGUUCACUGAUGGUUUUGGAUAGUAAAUAAAAUGGCUACAUUUGUGUUUUAGACAUGGUGACCCCGGUUCCUAUCACCACUACUGUAAAGAAAUCUGAGUCUCUACAAUGAACCAUUUCACUCUUAAUGACUCUGUUUACAUCUCAAACACUGAAUUAUGGAGCAAGUUUGAGAAUUCCCAAAUGAGAUGGCUUUUGCAUGCUAUAUGUAAGGCCAUUUAACUAGCAUUUUCUGUUUUCUGAGCUGAAAUGGCAUUGUCUGCACUUUUUGCUGUAUAAUUGUAGUGUAAUUAUUUUUUAAUUAUAUUCAAAACAUACAAAAAAGAAAAAUGUGACACUGUCGUCUGUAAGAAUUCAAGUUGUGUGUCCUUGUGUGUGUUUUACAGUCACAUCAAAUUUUGAGGCUGUUUUGAAACUGUUUGGCUCAUAUGAUUCUUAUAGAAUCUGAAGCUGCUAAUUUUUUUAAUCACUUAUUCAUUUUUGUCUUUAAUCUUUAGUAUUUUGUCUUCUGAAAUGCUUUGUAAAGCUCAGUUAAGCACUUAUGUUUUCUGCAUCUGUCCCAAACUAUCGAUAUAUUUUUAUAUAAAGGCACUUUUUUAUAUUAAUUGUUUCUUCUACAUAAAGGUUAAAGUGAAAUGUUUAUGAUUCUUAAUUGUGAAUAUCAAGUAAACUGUAACAUGAUUUGGAGUGUGGAAAAUGAUCAUUUUGAAGGAACAGUGCUGCACAAAGACAAUUUCAUGCUUCUGGCUGCAUCUGCAUCUCUCUUCAAAGUGGCCGUUUGUUUUCUGCCUUUUUAUACAUACAAUCUAUACAAUCCGGAAAUGAUUUGGUGGGAAAUGGUAGUCAUAUUUUUCUUGCAGUGCCAUGAGGGUUGAGGUCAUUUUGUAGACCACAGACUGUUGAGCUGGAAUGUAAAAUAAAGAAAAUACAGACAAAAUAA